CUACGUCUUGAUUGGUCGUCUUGGCCGAAAUCCUCUUGCGUGAUUUCAAACUGGAGCGGAGGAGGAGCAGAGUAGCAGUGAGGAGGUUCGCUGCGAAGCGGAGCUGGAUUUGGAAGAAAGGUCCGUGAACUCAUCACCGGCUCCGCGCUGCUGACGGCGUUUAUCACAGAACGGUUUUAUUUUGUAUGAUUUUUUUUUUUUAAAUGGGCUUAAAUCACAGUUAAUAAUUGUGUAACCAUUUGAGUUUAUAGUGUUUUCUCUUUUUCUGUCGGGUGUCCAAAGACGAUGUUGCGCUGAUAGGACGAAGCGUCGGGAAUCGAAACCUGAUUGGAAAUCGUUACCAAUCGAUUAAAACGUUUCUUCACCGUGGGUAAAAUGUGAGUAAAAGAAUAUCAGGAUUUUUGUUCCUUAUAUUUACGAACAAUUCUGGAUAUUAAUUAAAGAUUUUAAUUAAUUGGAAACAAAGACUCGGGUUGCCAUGACAUCGCACUGAUAUGAAAAAUUCCGGCCUGUUGAAAGAGAAAAUAUUCUGGACCAUGUGUUUGAGCAGUUCUCCAGCGGAGGCUUGGUUAGUUUAGAAUCAGAAGCAAGUUUAUCAUGGCUAAAAACCCCUCUGAGGACGACCUGAGCCAGCUGACGGACGAGGAGCUGCUGCGGUGCAGCAAAGAGGAGCUGGUCCGCAGGCUGAGGAGGGUCGACGCGGAAAAGAUGAACUUGAUGAUCGAACAUGGCAACAUGAUGAAAGACAUCAACCGGCGGCUGCAGGUGCACCUGCACGAAAUCCGGACCCUGAAGGACAUCAACCAGAAGUUGCAGGACGACAACCACGAGCUGCGGGAGCUCUGCUGCUUCCUGGACGACGACCGGCAAAAGGGCAAGAAACUGUCCCGGGAGUGGCAGCGCUUCGGCCGCUACACCGCCAGCGCCAUGUGGAAGGAGGUGGGCACCUACAUGAUGAAGCUGAAGGAGCUGGAGGCCAAUCAGGACACGGUGAUGCGCGAGAACUCCGAGCUGAAGGAGAUCAUCCUCAUGCUGGAUGAGGAGCGGAACGGGGCCGGUUCCAGGAGCUCCAUAGACAGUCAGUCCAGUUUGACCAACCUGAACGGGGGCACCGGCACGGUUCGAGAUGUCGGGGACGGCAGCAGCACGUCCAGCACGGGUAGCGCUGGUAGUCCGGAUCACCACAAUCACAACCACAUCAACAAGCCCGCUACCGAAAGCAGCAAGCUGGGUCCUACCAUGAGAAGGUCCAUGGAUGAUCUGUCAGCGCCGCACCAUCACAGGAGCAUCCCCAACGGGCUGCAUGAUUGUUCCGUCCUGCAGCAGAGGAUGAAGCUGUCUGCGACUCAAAACGCAUCGGCCGCUUUACUCCAACCGUAUUCCUCCUCCAACUACAUCAGACAGCUGGAGAAUAAAGUGCGGAUCCUGGAGGAUGAUAACAAUAAGCUCCUGUCACAGGCUCAUAGCCGUUAUAGCUUAUCACAGAUACAGACGAGAAAGCAGUGUAACCCGGGUGACCUUCGUGCCCUGAGGAAGGGAAUGACCCUGUACCACUCAGAGACCCAGCUGUCCUCUCUGCCCCAGCGCCAAGAUGCCAUGCACAUGGGUACAGGUCGUCUCCCAACCAGUGAGUCAUCACCUGCUACAGGUUACUCGUCGUGCGUCCAGAAACCAGAGGCUGUUGUGCACGCUAUGAAGGUUCUGGAGGUCCACGACAACUUGGACAAACAGACUCCAGAGGAGUACGAGGACGACCUCAGUGAGAAAGAGAAGGCUAUUGUCAGAGAGAUGUGUAACGUGGUGUGGAGAAAGUUGGGCGAUGCCGCCGGAUCAAAGCUGUCCGUCAGACAGCACCUCUCUGGGAACCAGUUCAAAGGGCCCCUGUAGCAUGGCAACCAGCGAAAGAGAGACAGAGAUCAGGAUCUAACUAAAACCACCUGAAUAAACCUGCACCUCCUGCUGCCUCCAGUACCCACAAUUCCUUCUGUAAACACCCUCACAAGACUGAAUUGCAACAUAGAACACAAGAAGCUACAAAGGGACCUUUCAGCAUGUAUAGUGCAAAGCGUUUUUAUCUCGAAAAGCUGGCGAAGUGCGGACGACUGGCAGCUAGAUUCACUGACUGUCCACUUUUCUUCCUCCAUAUGGAGGUUUACAUGAUGAUCUCAGUCUACGAAGAGCCUAGGCUUAGGGAUAAAAUAAAACCUAAACUAUACAAACAGGUCCAUAGAUAUUUCGACAUUGACAGUUUUAGCUAUCUGCCACAUAAUACUUUCGUUGCAAGCAAAUAACAAUCUCAAAGCUUAGCGCUUCAGCUUCACGUUGAGCUGCACGAUGUCAGGAAAAUCACUGUUUACACUGAGCGUCAGCUAUGUUAGCAAUUAAUGGACGUUACCAUUAAAGCUAAAAUAAAGUGAACAAGCGAUAAACUGGCAGAAAUGACAGGUAAAUAAAUCAAUUUGUGCGAUACGAUUAUCAUGGCUGUUAAUAUCUUGAUAAUAUAGUAUUUACGAUAUAUUGUGAAGCCCUACUUCACGUAAUGACAUAAUAAUGAAUUGAAUCCUUUAUGGAGCUCCGUUGGGUUCACACAAAAAGAACCACUGCUCUCGUCAGCUUUGCUUCAUCCUUGUCUAGUUGUUGGGUUCUUCAGCAAUGAACCAUAAGCCUGUUGGACCAUCCUUAGGAAGACAUGCCGUAUAGUUGUAGCGUCAUAGAUAAUAUUCUCCUCAUGAUGAGUUUAAAACGAGCAUCAAACAAGAUGGGCCAACAUGAAAUGAAGCCAAACUGAGAUGAAAUCGUGUCUGGAGUGAACUGUGUUGGACUAUUCGUCUUUUCUGACUCAAAAUCAGGUCGUUCGGUUUCAGCCAUCAAGUUUUGGGAAGGGUUGUUGUGUCUCCUAAGCUCACCAGAUGUCCAGGUACACUUUUAUGAAUUUGUUGUAGCCUGGAAUGUCCUUUUCAACUCUACCAUGUCAUUCACAAAAACCAUAUUCUGGAUGUCUUGAAAUUCAAGGUCGAACCUACACCCUUUUGUUGUUGCAGUUUAUUCCAACUGCAAAAGAGCAAAAGCUGCUAAGGAUGGUGGAAAGGAAAACACAAGCCAUAGCUACUCUAGUGAUAUCCAUGCUGUUUGUGUUUCCUGCCAUUUGUCACAUUUAAAAAACAGAUCUAGCGUACACAUGGCGAACGUUUACAAGCUGAAAGUUGACACUUCAAAGAUCAUUCUAUGCUUUCAACUCUUUAUUCUGUGGCGAAUAGUAAAAACAAUUUGUCAAUAGCCAAAUAUUUAUGGACUUUUUGAGCAUUCAGUUAAUGCUGUUACAUAGUUGAAGCAACGAUCCUACAAGAACAGGGGCAGAAAUCGCCAUGUUGCUGGGAUGUGACGUCAUCAUGGUGGCGGUGUCAUCAGGGUUUGAAAAAAACCUCCCAUAGAGACCCUAGCUUAUGUCAUGUUACGCUUCCUAGUGGUCAAUGAGUAUAAUUAGCAUUAGCCAGCUCAAGUGUUAACCAAGUGAAACCCAUUGUGACCUAGCGCCUUUUGUUCAUAAUAAAAAGAGAGAUCACUGUUAACUUGUGUAUAUUAUGUAAAAAAGCAUAGCAAUACUUCAAUGUUAUUAUUGAUUUUACUUUUGUCUAUUUUAUAUUCUAGUGCGGCUAUGUGAUCAAAUAUUUAGUUUUUAAAGCACAUGUCCGGACCUAACAGGGUUUUUCUUUUGGUAAUCUUUUUAAGUUUGUUUAUAAAAACAGCUGUUUGCAGAUGAUAUGAUUCUCUCUGUAACCUCUGACAAAUGUCUUGAGGCCCAUUUUAAUUUGUAUAAUUAAUGAAAAACUGUAUGCUAAAUGCGCAUGCGUGACAAUCAUUUUCUCAGGUUGAGAGGGCUGCAGCUUUAGUUUUGCCGUAGAUGACUGCGUUGGGUAUGUGAGUGGUGCGCCUGACUGCGAGUGCACGUUUCCUGGAUUAAACUCCCUUUAGAAUACAGUUAAACUCUGCUGAAGACAUUUGCUGAAUCCACACAGGAGGGAACAAUGCCAUUGUUUCUGGCUACUUUUUUAUAGUUCAAGUACAACAACAGACAUUUUGUUUUAAAUGAAUAUAUAUGAUUGGUAUACUGUACCAUUUUCCAAACCACAUAACUGGAAAUAAGAAGUUAACAUUUUUCUCCAAUAAGAAAUACUUUUAAGAUCACAAUCAUUGAGUAAACAAUACAUCUAUUGAGUACUUUUAGCGCAAUAAAGACUGUAGAGUGACUGAU